GCCACCGUAGUAGCCUGUCACAACCGGAAGUUUACGUUGAUGAGUCUUGCAGUGACAGCCAGACGCAAGACUGAACAGGACAACCGCAUUAUUAUUAUUAUUAUUUUAAUUAUUUUAUUAUACGUGCAGGCAUUUAAUCGCAUUGUAUUAAUGUAACACUUUGAGCAUGGCCGCGGAGUUUUUAGUGAUGUUGUAUGAGUAUUCUCCUCUCUUUUACAUUAGUGUCAUAUCAGUAUGUUUCAUCAUCACAGUAGCUGCUGUGUUGGGCUGGUUUGGAUUUGAUGUUCCCGUCAUUUUACGCAGUUCAGAUGAGACUGAAUCUUUAAUUCCUGUGCCUGAGAGGAAGAUGGUGCAGGUGACCAAUCCCUUCGCUUUGGAGAUGGACUCUCCGGCUGGGACAGUAACUGAGGGUGUGAGCUUGCGGCCGUAUUGCCUUGAAGACUGUGUCCUCAGCUGUUUCUGGGGCUGUGGGGUCCCGGCGCUCCAGGCGGCCCUUCAGAGUCACCAGCGUGGGCUCCGGCUCGACACACCAGAGCGGUUUCAAGAGGCUCUGCAGUUAAGCUAUCUUCACCACCAAAGCUUCAAUAUACAGAAAGAAGAAAAAGUCGAAUACUUCACCCAGAUGCUACCAGAUCUCGGAGUAACCGAUUUUGGGUUGCUCCCCCGGGACCGAUACCCUUUGGUAGCUGUGCUGACACUGGCCAGUACGGAAACCAGGGACGACUACAAUAUCGUGGCCAGUGUGACAGUCCUCCAUGUUCCUGAUGUCAAAUACAGACUCUCUGCCAGAAUCUUGUUCCAGUAUCUUCUCACGGCGCAUGGGAACUUUUAUGAUCUGAAGCCUCUCUUCAUGUCAGCAGACAACAGCAACUUGUCUGAAUCCACAGAGCCUUCGACUAGCACUCAAGACGCUGAGCCGCAACCUGAGACGCCAUGUGCGAAGGGGGAGGAGUCUGAUUCAGAGGGGGAGUGGCCUGAUACUCAAGGCAAGGACUGUGUGGUGUGUCAAAAUGCACCGACAAACAGAGUGCUUCUGCCGUGCCGACAUGCAUGCGUAUGCGACGGCUGCGUGUGCCGCUUCCAGCACUGUCCGAUCUGCAGAGCUUUUGUCCUUGAAUCCUUUGCGCUGUCAAACCGACCAGAUCAUGAUAUUGAAGAGGACGACUUAAUGGAAGACUAAAGCUAUUUAAAGUCAGUAUUAAAAGGCAAGCCGUUGCUGGAAAGGCUAAACCUGAAAAGGAACCAUUGUAGCAUCUGCAAGGUUAAGAGAUGCAGGCAGCUGACCUUUACCCCCACAUAUGGACACUUCUAGAAUUGUUUCAAUUUUAGGCUUUUGAAGUUGGAUGUGCUUGUAAAAUGUGUUUAAUAUAGAGCUUUUAAGUUGAAUAGGAUAUUUAUUUAUUUUUUCAAUAUAUUGGUUGAACUAACAAAUACAUGAUUCAGAAUGA